CUCUCUGCGCCAGAGCCAGCCGUGCCCGGACGCUGCGACGCAGCCCGCGGCUGGGAGCCGGCAGGGCCGAGGACCAAGUGCAGGAACUUAACACACCGGCUCGCCCCGUCCGCAGAGCUGCUGGCUUGGGCUCCUUGCAAAGACCAUUUUAUCCCUUGCUCCCCCAGUCGUUUCCUCUCUGAUGAGGAUUGUUUUCACGAUGAUGCUCCCAAAAGCUCCGAAGCAACAUCAGCCCUGGAAGUCUAGCUCCCCAGCUCGGGAGCAACCGAAAAGCUUUUGGGAAGGUUACACCUUGCUUGUGUGCUGCAAUCACAGUGACAAACUGCAGCCGAUUCAGGAGAGGACCCAGUGCAGACACAUCUCCUGCAAUGGACCAAGACCAACUUCGAGGGCCACUGUCACCCCAUCUGCUUCCAGCAGAGGAUUCCCAAAAAGCCCCGCAGGGGGAGGACGUGAGCCCUCACUAGCUGGCCAGAGGCUGGCAUCCCCAGCGCAGGACGGAGCCACGUCAGGACAAGGAAGGAGAAUUGUCCCAGCCCCAGUUCACACCCCCUCCCUGCCCUGCUCCCCCACCAGCAGCCAGGAUGAGCAGCUUGCAGAGCGGGCUUUAGGCAGGAUCUUCCAGCCUCCCUUCAGCCAUGGAGGCCAGCCCUGCUCCUGGUGUCCCAGGGACACAGGCUGGAGAUCCCCAGCUGCGGUGGCGUAGGUGGGAACACAGCCAGGUGUGGGGAGACAGGGCAAAGGGAGACCGAGGUCUUUGCUGGAGCACUUGGCUGUGCUGCAAUCAGAGCAGGACAGACAAGCAGAAGGCAAGGAAAGAGCUGCAGCCAGUGUCCUGGACCUCAUCACGAGCUCCAAGUACCUCCAGAGAGUUUGGUGCUGGUCUGCAGAGGCCACCCACUGGCCAGAGCCUGCCUGGCUCCCCACGGACGGUCUGCAUGGUCACACCGGUCCCAGCGUACCCUCUGCUUGGUCCUCGAUCUCCCGGUCCUGCCGGGAAACAGGCAAUUCCCACGCUCUGGGCUUGGCACGGGCUGGAGCAACUUCAUCUCUGUGCUUCACUUACCCCGGUGGUAAAACCCACUGCUCCCAUUUGCUGUCUGCCUUGCAAAGCCUUUCGUUCUGCCGGAAAUCGGUCUGGCUGAAAUUGGGGUGACGGUUUGAAGAAAAGCCUGGCUGAGCUCCCUUGUUGUAUCGGCUCCAGGAAAGGUCUUGGGAAAGGAUGGGUUUGGGGAUGGGGCCAGAAGAACAGGGCAGAGCUGAAGGUGGAUGGGUGACCUGCUGGGUGAGAACCUGCUGCUGCUACGGCUGCGAUGGUGCCUGCAUGGGGCAGAGUUAGGGUGAGAUGCCUGGCUUUCCCCACGGCUUCUCCGGGGGGUGGGUUUAACAGCACUGGGGUGUCCUGCUAGGAGCCUUAGAGCUUGCGCUCCCUUUCUGCUUGGAAAUAACAGGGCAAAGGGAUGCUGUGACCUCGGAACAAAAAGAUACUUGGCGGUUGCAUGUGAAGAAAUGGAGCAAGGCAGCACCUGGCAGCGCUCGGGCUCGGGGCUGUGUCGGGGCAGCCCCACGCACCCCUCGGGCACCGCGGCGCUGCGAGCCGGCGGGCGCUGGGGAGCUCGCCCCGAGGGCACAGCACGGGCCAGAGGCUGCACAGCUGGGUUGCGUGCCAGGAGCUAGUGACAUGCAAUGAAAACACACGUCCUCUGCCCGGUGGGUGGACCUGACCCCAUGUCUCCCCACAUUUCUCCAGCAGACAUCCCUGCUCCUCGUGCCAUGCCUGGGCUGGGCUGGCAAGCUCUGCAGGCCGGCGAUCCCCUCUUUCCCCUGACAUCUCUGCCCUGCACAGCUCCGGGUGCUAGCGGGGCUGGCGGCACGGGGGUGGCUGCCUUCUGCAUGGCUGGGCAGCCGCCGCUGAUGCGGAGCGACAGAGGCAGCGGGGGGAGACGGACGAGGGGGAGGAUUUCCUCCCCUCUGCCCACGCUCUCCGGUGCUAUUUAAAGAGGAGGCAGGGCCCUCCACGCUGGCCGGGGGGUCGCUGGGGGCUGCCAGCCAGCGGUUCGCUUCCCAUCUCCGGAGGCUGCGCUGCUUCUACCCCGGCUCCCCACCCUCCGCAGGACGCUCUGAGCCCCCACGGCCUCGUGCCGGGUGCCGUCCUCGUGGCCCAGCUCAACACGCGGGGGGGCUCGAAACGCCCUGGCAAGCCCUGCUGGGGGGACGGAGCUGGCCCUCGGGGUCCCCAGGGACUUCGCCGCGGCUAGCAUGGCUCGUGCGGGUCCCGGGCACCCGGCUCUGGCUCCCGUCUCCUCCUCUGCCCUCCUCUGCUGCAGAGGGCUGGCGGAAGGGCUGCUGGCGCUCUUGCUCGCAUGGCUCUUCGUCCAAGUCCUGCUCAGCAACCGUCCGCCAGGUGAGUGUCCCUCUCCUCCCCCUGCCUCUCGCCCCCGGGCUCAAGGUCCCCAGCUCCCUGCAGACGCCAUCUGAGAUCGGGCAGUGGGGCGAGCGGGCACUUUGGGCCCAGGUACCAGGACAGCAGAGACCCAGGACAGCAGAGACCCAGCCCAGACCAUAGGGGACAGGACUGGGUCUGCAGUGCCACGGGACCACUUUGCACCCAGGCCUGGCCGUGCCCAGACACCCCCUGCGCCUGGGAGCAGCGGGACCCCUCUCUCCUCCCUGGAGAGGAGAGGCUCUGGUGAGCUCCUGCAGGUCCUGUCCCCCCGCCGAGCGCUUGAGCAGGCGUCUAAUCGUGUGGCUUUCCUAGCUUGCGUCAGCCCAGCAGCAGGGCUGAUAAGUGCCGCUUUUUCCAUAGCCCUUAUCAUGCCCGGGUGAGGCUGGGUUUGCUUUAACCUCGCUGCCGCUGGGCCAAUGUCACGCUGCUGCCGAGCGGGGCUGGGCAGACCUCUGGGCUGCACAUGCCGAUCCUCCCAGCGCCGCUCCGGCCCUGCUCCGUGCUCUGUCGCCGGCUCUUACCCCUUUCCCAGGCAAGCCUGGGUCUGGCUUCACAACCUUUGUGUUUGACUUGCGCUUGCAAAGCGGUGACGUUCCCCGUACGCUUCAGCUGAGCUCAGCUGAAUCAGACACGGGUCCAGAUACCACAGGGCUGAGAUGGGGGUCAGGGCAGCAGGCAUAGCGGGGGGAGGUGGUGACAGAGACGUCGUUCUUCUCAAUUGCUCCACAAGCCCCCAGGGCACGAAGGGCUGCAGUGAUGCCUCUGGGCUGUGCAAUGCUGCGGUGGGUGGUGGUUCCCGGGACGUCACCCAUCCGUGUGCCAUGUCCACCUAACACAGUGGCCCUGCUCGCUGGCUGGGCACCGCUCCCACCACUGCUUCCCGCCGCUAUUCGAGCAUGGUCUCUGGUCCCCUUGGAGACCAGGUGCAAGGAGCUAACGGCACUGUCCUCUUUUCAGCGCACUUGCAGGUUUUCCUCGGAGUGGGGCUGGCCCUGCUGUGCUUCAGUCUUCUCCUGGGCUGUGCAGUGUGCUGGAGGCAACACAGGAGGCUCAGGUCUCGCACCAGCCGAGAGCAGGUGCUGGAGCAGGCGCUGGUGGAUCAGGUGCCUGUUGUGCCCUCCAAGACUGCAGCGGUGCCGAUCCAACGGCAGUACGAGGAGAUUCCAGGAGCGGUGCUGGGUGCCCGGGCUGGAGAGAGCUCUCCAGCAUCGCCCGCUUGUGGUGCAGACGCUCUCCCCAGCCGGGCCUCCUUGCCCAGCCUCCCUUUCUCCCAGAGGCCCAGCAGACCCUCCAAGCUGGUGGGAGCCUGGCAGCGCCGCUGCACCAUCUCUGGGGCCAACAUCCUCCGUGACGAGAAGGGCCUGCUGGCCAGGGCCGGCCUGGGAGCCAGCAUCCCGCAGUCCUGCACGGCACCGGGCGGCCUCUCCAGCGCAGGCACCAAGCAGCGGCCCCAGCUCCACUUCAACCUGUUCUACUCGCUGGCCGAGGCCACGCUCACCGUGACGGUCAUCAGCGUCUCCCACCUGCCCAAGGGGCUCCGGGGCAGCUGCGACUCUUACGUCAAAGUGUACCUUCUGCCGCAGUGCGCUGAGCCCCAGCGCACAGCCGUGCGCAGGAAGAGCCUCAACCCCGCGUUUCAGGAGCAGUUUCAGUUUGGCCGUUACAGCCUGGAGGAGCUGAAGAGCUUCACCUUGCGCUUCGCUGUCUACAUGAGGUUUCACAGCCUCAAGGACACAUUUGUGGGAGAGGUCAUCUUCCCCUGUGCUCAAGCUACCUGGAACCGAGAGGCUUCUUCCAGCUACAGCCGGGAGCUGUCAACCACCAAAACCAAGCUCAAAAAGUGUCUCAGUUCCCAUGACAUGAGCUGCAGCGUCCUCUCCUCCCAGCCUAAAUCCCUUGGUCAACUCUUCCUUCUCCUCCAGUACCAAGCUCUGGCCAACCGGAUCAAGGUGCUGGUCCGCAAGGCAGAGAACCUGGGCCGGCUCACUCGCAUGCCAGGCACGCCAGACCACUAUGUCGUCAUCCACCUCUACCACAACGGCCAAGUCAUCGACACCAAGGAGACCAAGUCCAUCGCUGGCUACAACCCCGUCUGGAAUACACCCUUCCUUUUCAGCAUCCCCGCUGGGGACAUCCAGCAGCAAGAGCUGUCCUUGGAGUUCACCGUGAUGCAGGCUCGUGUCUACACGCGCAGCUACACCCUGGGCUGCGUGCAGGUUGGCCCCAGCGCCCCCGAGGCAGGACUAGUGCACUGGAAGGAGAUGUGCAGCCGCGGCCAGGUGGAAUCAGCACGGUGGCACUUGAUCCAGCCUGAAGCUCUCAGACCCUUCCCUUGACCUUCCCUACAACCCAUCGGCAGAGCUUGCCGGGACUCAUCUGCCCACUGGAGCAAGCGAAUGGGCACCUCAGCGCUUUGUGUGCGAACAGGCAAUUUCCAGGCGUUGGAGAACUGAGGUCUCAGCAUGCACGUUGCUGUGGGAGAAGUCUCAAGUCCAUCUCCAGGGCUGGAGAUCAGCUCUGGUCAGCACAAACCUCUCCUGAACUGCUCCAGAGGGAAACGUGCCAGUCUGAGACGGCUUCAACAUAGGAGAGAGGAGAAAAACAGGCAGCCAAGAGCACAGCAAGAGCCUUUCUUUGCUGCGUGUCUGCUAGAUGCUUGCUCUGUGCCUGGAGAGAGAGAGAGCCCGGCCCGUGUUAAACCUCAGCAAUGGAAAGAGAAGGGUGGGAAGCCCCUGGGCCAUGAGAUCUACCCAGUGCAUUGCACUGCCUACCUGCUGAUGGCCACCGUGGGGGCAUUUUGCCCCUUCUAAGCCAUGUAGCUGGCCACAGUCAGCCCACCUCUCCCUUUUCAUCAAGUCCUGCAGCAGUGGAGAGCUUCCCCAGACCCUCCCUCAUUCCCCGGGGCUAAGACACAGCCCAGCAGGUUACCAGCAGGCACCAAAGUGUGCAGAAGCGGCUGGGUGAGCUCUGGGAGGGGAGGCCAGGAAAGGCCAGAUGAGCUCAGGGAGGGUCGGAGCAGCUCUGCUGCUGCCUGCUCUGUCCCGUCUGUGCUGGCUGCUGUGCAGAAGGAAACACAAGGAGUUUUGUUGUGAUAAUUCCCCACUGCCUCCCAAGCAUCAGCCCCAACCCGUAAUAUACCAGUGCUGAAGGUA